AUGCCCUCGCCAGCACUGCCAGCGUGGCCCCCGGCGCUGCCCCGCGCCAGCUGCGACUACCUCUCCGCCCAAGCUACCGACUAUGCGCUCGCGCACGGCCUCGUCUACCGCCCCGUUGCCAGCAGUGCUUCGGAGCUCCCGCCGAGCGAUAGUGCGAUCCACGCACCGUUCUCGCUGCUGCCCUCGCCGUUCCCACGCCCGCUCUUCGAAAAGGCACAGGCGAUCCAGCCGACGUACGACCGACUCUACGCGCACGUCUCGGCGGACCACCGUUUUCUGGCGCGUGUGAUCGGCGAGUCGGUGGUGCACGUCGACGAGUUCCAGAAGCAGCUGUGGGAUAUCUACGUCGCAGUCAAGGACGAACUGGUUCAGCCACUCUCGCUCGGCCUGUUCCGCAGCGACUACCUGCUGCACGACCAGCAGAGUGCCGGCGCAGCAGAGGAGAGCAUGGGCAGCCGACACGGCGAGCUCGGCCUCAAACAGGUCGAGUUCAACACCAUCAGCGCCUCCUUCGGUGCGCUCUGCACAAAGGUCAGCGGCCUGCAUAGACAUCUGGCCCAGACCACCGACUAUUUGGGUGCUCACUCGGGGCUCGCGGAUCUGGAUAAUCUGCCGGAGAACAAGGCGCAGGACGUCUUGGCCGGGGGAUUGGCCGCUGCGCACGCGGCGUAUGUGGCGCAAAAGCAGGCGGCGUCCGAGGCAAAGAACGUGUACGUGCUCUUUGUGGUGCAGGAAGGCGAGCGCAAUGCAUUCGACCAGCGUCCGCUCGAACACGCCCUCCAGCGCCAGGGCAUCCGCGUGGUGCGGCAGAGCUUCGCCGAGAUCGCCGACCGCAUCACUGCAACCGAAGGCGAUUCGAGCCGUACGCUCUACCUCGCCCACCCUGUGCUGGGACGCAUCGAGAUCAGCGUAGUCUACUUCCGUGCAGGCUACGGACCUGGCGACUACCCGGGUGCUGCCGAGUGGGAGACGCGCAAGCGCCUCGAGCUCAGCCGCGCCAUCAAGUGUCCCUCGAUCGCGGUGCAGCUCGCAGGCGCCAAGAAGGUGCAGCAGGUGCUCGCGGAGCCGGGCGAGCUCGAAGCGCUGCUGCCCUCGCUUGGCUCCGAGAUGGCAUCGGCAGACCAGCUGCGCGAAACAUUCACCGACCUGUAUCCGCUCGACGACUCUGACCUUGGGCGCACGGGCUACGAGCUCGCACUGAACGCACCGGAGCACUAUGUGCUCAAGCCGCAGCGCGAGGGUGGAGGCAACAACGUGUACAGGCGCGACAUUCCUGGCUUCCUCGCGCAACUCGACCACGGAGCAGGAAGCGUGGCGAGGCGUCAGGCGUAUAUCCUGAUGAGCCUCAUCAAACCCCCUGCUGGGCUGGGCAACUAUUUGGUCAAAGCAGCAACGCCCACCAACCCCGCCACGGGCGCCGUGCUCGCCAAAGACACCGUGUCCGAGCUGGGCGUGUAUGGCGCCAUCCUCUUCGAGACGCGUGCGGACCACAAGGUGCAGGUUCACCACCACCAGGCCGGUGGAUACCUGCUCAGGACAAAGGGAAGGGAUAGCGACGAGGGCGGCGUCGCCGUCGGCUUCUCCGUCAUCGACUCUCCUUUCCUCAUCUAG